CGUCAACUGUGGAUUUCCGUAACAAUUUUGAUAGUGUCAACGUAGAUAUUCAAAAUAGAUGCAGUCACACAUUAUAUUCUUCUUCUGUCUAUGGCCUGCCGGAAUUUUAUAAUAACAGCGUACUCAACUAUACAUGUGAGUAAGGACACUGUUUGGAGAUGCUGACGACAAUACAUACACUGCCGGAUUAAAUAUAAAGAUAUUGAAGGAACAAGUAGAACAAAUAGAAGCUGUAGUAGACCAAUGAAGAUAUCCAAAAAUGAAUGCGUGACCUGUGGAAAAUCCUAUUCACAUAAGCAAGGACUAUCCCGGCAUAAAAGGACGGCUCAUUCGGGAAAGAAACAUGUGUGUAAACCAUGUAGAGAGACGUUUAACAGACGUGACAACUAUCUACGUCACAUCAAAAGCCAAAGAUGCCAGCAAAGAAGAGAUAGUAGUACUGACAUCGAUGAAAAUGUAGAAAUAAAGCUAUACAAAUGUAAUGUCAAAGCCCUCAAUGGAACCAUUGAAACACAUAAUAUCGAGACAAAAGGACUGAAUCAAUUCGAUUGUAUUUCCAUUUUUGAUCCGAUGACUUUUAUGAACAGUCAGUAUGACAAUGUGAAUGACAUCAUCAAACAAAAAGUUAGAGAUAGUGGUGGUAUAAAAUGGUAUAUGUCAAUGAAAAUGAGAAUGAGCAGAACAAAUGGAGAAUUACAAGAAACAGCAGAACCUUAUUUUCGCGGCAAAUGUCAAACGAGUCUAAAAGUCGAAGAUAUUGAUGUGGGCUUAAAGGAAUCCAUUGAUAAAAUGAAUACUUCUUUCUCCGAUUACCAGUGCAGAGGUAGUAACUGGACCGCAGAUAAAGUAAUUGACUUAACGAUUAAUAUGGCCCGGUAUAGGCCAUUGCGGGGCUCAAGUUAUAUUCAACUCCCGAUAAAACUGAAGUCGAAAAAAGCAAUCAUCAAUAUUAAAAACAAUGACAACAAAUGUUUCGUGUGGUCAAUCCUUGCUGGCUUACAUCCAGCACAACGAGAUGCACAGAGGACCUCAAAAUACAAAAAGUAUUUUAAAACAUUGAAUACUGAUGGGAUUGAAUUUCCUGUCGAAAUGAGGGAUAUUCCAAGAUUUGAGAAGCAGAAUAAUGUUUCCAUCAACAUAUUUGGAUAUAAAAACAAUGAGAUAUUUCCUCUACAUAUCACUAAUCUUCGUUCUCAACCUCAUGUAAAUCUUAUGAUUAUCUCGAACAGGGAAAAAUCACAUUUCUGCUAUAUCAAAAAUCUAAAUCGAUUAUUAGGCGAUCAAAAGUCUGAUGGACAUAAACAUUUCUACUGCCUAUAUUGCUUGCAAGGAUUUACAAAGGAAAGAAUAUUAAACAACCACGCACCAUAUUGUCAGAGUCACGGAAUACAGAAAAUCGAUCUCCCUAAAGAAGCAGAUAAAUGGCUCUAUUAUAAAGAUAUACGCAAACAGUUGAAGGUACCGUUCAUUAUUUAUGCUGAUUUCGAAUGUUUGCUGGUUCCUAUUGUUGGAUGUCAAAACAAUUACACAAAAUCAUCAACAUCAAAGAUUACAAAGCAUACUCCGUGUGGUUUUGCAUACAAAGUAGUUGGUCUGACACCAGAAACUUCAAAAGAAACAGUGGUUUACCGAGGUGCCGAUGCGGCUGAUAAAUUUGUUGAACAUAUGAUAAAAGAGCAAGAAGAAAUUGAACAGAAAUUUCAGCAACAUAAAUAUUUAAAAAUGACCCCAGGUGACAUGAAGUCAUAUAUGAAAGCAACAGAAUGCCAUAUAUGUCAAGGCAAACUAAGCCAUGAUAGUAUAAAAGUUAGAGACCACUGUCACAUAACAGGCAAAUUUAGAGGUCCUGCACAUAAAGAAUGUAAUAUCAACUACAGGCUUACAGGCAGAAUUCCGGUUGUUUUUCAUAACCUUAGUGGAUAUGAUAGUCAUUUGAUCAUCCAAGCCAUUGGAAAGGUCAACAAAACGCUAAAAUGCAUACCAAACAACAUGGAGAAGUAUACGUCUUUCUCAAUGGGUUGUAUGGAUUUUAUUGAUUCGCACCUGUUCAUGCCUUCGUCUUUAGAAAAUCUUGUUGAGAACCUUGCAAAAGAUAGUCCUAGUAAAUUUCGACACAUGACUAUGUAUUUCACGAAAAAAAAGAUGCACCUGUUUCUGAGAAAACAAGUUUAUCCAUAUGAGUAUUUUGAUUCUACUUCAAAAUUCACGGAGAGUCAACUACCACCAAUCGAAGCCUUUUACAAUUCGCUAUCAAAUGAAGGUAUAUCCGAGCUUGAUUAUGACCAUGCUCAACAAGUAUGGCAGCAGUUUAACAUGCAGAGUCUUGGAGAUUACCACGACCUAUAUGUAGCAGCAGAUGUCCUUGCAUUAGCUGAUGUCUUUGAAAAUUUCAGAGAUAUCUGCCUCAAAUACUAUGGACUAGAUGCUGCACAUUUUCCUACAUUACCCGGUCUCGCAUGGCAGGCUGCCUUGAAAAUGACGCGAGUUAAAUUAGAAUUACUUACAGACAUAGACAUGCAUUUGUUUGUAGAGAAAGGAUUAAGAGGUGGAACAUCGAUGAUAUCUCAACGUCAUGCCAAAGCUAACAAUAAGGAUGUACCAAACUACGAUAAAAAUAAACCAAAUAGCUACGUGAUGUACCUAGAUGCAAACAACCUAUACGGAUGGGCUAUGUCACAGGCACUUCCAGUUGAAGGUUUCAGAUGGUUAGACGAGUUUGAAAAAGGCAAUCUAGAUGUCAAUGGCAUUAAAGAUGAUAGUGAAAAUGGUUAUAUAUUUGAAGUGGACUUGGAAUAUCCAGAAGAAUUACAUGAUAGCCACAACGAAUACCCACUAGCUCCCGAAAAAGUUAAGGUAACAGAGGCUAUGUUAUCUCCCUAUGCAAAAAAGCUGCUUGAGGAUUUAAAAAUAUCUAGAACAUCGACUGACAAAUUAAUACCGAAUCUAUAUCAUAAGGAAAAAUACGUCGUACAUUACAGAAAUUUGAAACUGUAUUUAUCAUUAGGAAUGAGACUGACUAAGACUCAUAGAGUCAUGGUAUUUAAACAAGAACAAUGGCUAAAGAAAUAUAUCGGUUUUAACACAGCCAAACGACAGAUGGCCAAAAAUAGUUUUGAGAAAGACUUUUUUAAAUCAAUGAACAAUGUAGUUUUUGGGAAGACAAUGGAGAAUAUAAGAAAGAGAACAGAUAUUAAGUUAGUUAAUAACCAAUCAAAAGCCAGAAAACUAAUCAACAAACCAACGUUCAAUGCUUUCAAAACAUUCAACAACGACCUGGUGGCUGUCCAUAUGCUGAAGCCACGAUUAUACUUGAACAAGCCAAUUUAUUUAGGAUUCACAAUACUUGAUUUGUCAAAAGAGUUGAUGUAUGACUUUCAUUAUAAUAAAAUAAAGAAGAAAUAUGGAACAAACGCAAAACUCUUGUUUACGGACACGGACUCAUUAUGCUAUAGCUUCGAGACUGAUGACAUAUACCAAGAUAUGAUUAAGAACAAGGACUGGUUUGAUACAUCAGAUUAUGACCCUAAACAUCCUCUUCAUAGCACUUUGAAUAAGAAGGUAUUAGGGAAGAUGAAGGAUGAGACCAAUGGUGUUCCAAUUCAGGAAUUCGUCGGUCUAAAGUCCAAGAUGUACUCAUUAAUAUAUGAAGAAAAUGGAAAUCUUAAAGAAAAGAAAACAGCGGCUGGUAUAAAAAAGAGUGUCACCAAGCUUCACACGAGACACGAACAUUACAAACAGUGUUUGAUUAAUAAAGAAAUUCAUACGUCUACUUCGACACAGAUCCGUUCAUAUGACCACCAGUUAUAUAAUAUAUCUAUAAAUAAACGGGGCCUGUCCCCAUUUGAUGACAAAAGAUAUAUACUUGAUGAUGGGAUAUCGAGUUACGCGUACGGACAUUGCAAAUAUACAGUUCGGAGAAAUUAAUAUUCGAGAGAACACAGAAAAUGCAUUUGCAAAUAAACAUUAAGAAUUUGGGUUUUUUUUUAAUAGAAGACAAUGU